UCUAUUUCUAUAUCACGCAGUGAAUAAUUCCCACAGUAUUAUAACAGUUUUAAUGUUCUAAAAGUGUAUUUUUUAUAUUAUUUUUAAAAAUUCAUAAUUGUUUAAAAAAUGGAUUGGGUUAUAAAUGAUGAGCUGCAACUCACUGCUGGGGACUUGGUCGGCUGGGCGGCUGCUGCAGCUAUGAUUAUUGGAGGAGUAGCCCCAUACAUUCCACAAUAUAGACAUAUAAAACAAACACAGGACCCCGAAGGAUUCUCGUUGCAUGUCUGUCUUGCGCUACUUAUUGCAAAUACCUUGAGGAUAUUGUUCUGGUUUGGUAAAAGAUAUGAACUGCCUUUACUUAUUCAAAGUUUAGUAAUGACAUUAGCCAUGUUUUUAAUGGUACAUUUAUGUGUUACUGUAAGACGUUCUAAUCAAUUAAUUCGAGCUAGAGAAAGAACAUUUUCAGCAAGCACAGCAGAAAUUUGGCAACAAUUGAAAACUGGUCGAAGAAACUCCCCAGAUCCCGCCCAACCACAUAGAUUUUAUGAUUUUGAGCUGAAAUUUUUCUGGCAGUGGACAGAUUUUCAGUCCUAUGUGGACUGUAUGCUGGUAAUAUGGGCGUUGGGCGCCGGAUUGACUUUUCUUUUGCUCGAAGUCAAAAUUUUUAUCGAAUUGCUAGGAUUCUUGGCAGCUUUCACUGAGGCAAUUUUGGGUGCUCCACAACUUGUGCGAAAUUGUCGGAACAAAAGCACAAUAGGAAUGAGCAUUAGUAUGGUGGGCAUGUGGACAUGCGGUGAUAUCUUCAAAACGUGCUAUUUUAUAUUGAGGGAUUCGCCAUCACAAUUUUGGAUAUGUGGAAGUUUGCAGGUUAUGCUCGAUAUAGCGAUCCUGCUGCAGGUGUAUAUAUUCCGCGGUCGUCCGAUACCGGCUCGGCCCAUGCGGGCAUCAUACCGGGCGGCGAUGCGUGGUGCUGCAACGCACGCGCAUUCGCAUCGUGGCGAUUAGCGACGCGCCACGGCACCCGCCGUCUUAUAGCACGCGGCCAUGCUUCCCAUAUUCAUUGGUCUACCUAAGGAAGAUGGGAAAGCAUGUAAUAAUCACAACACAAUCAACAUAAAUCUAAAUGAUAUAAACAGCAGCAGUGUAGAAACCUGCUUAUAGCAUUGCGCCCGGGUCCCAAUACUGAUUGGGGCCCCAUGGGAUGCAAUGACUACUCGAAGAGAGUGCGAGCCGCAGAAUGGUAAUCAUCGCAAUAAUACGGAACAAAGGGUCGUAGGCAGUAUUAAAUAUGUAAACGAUAAUGAAAUUGAGACCUGCUUAUAGCGAAGUCUUGUAUUCUUAUUACUAUUGAUUGCGCACUAAGAGUAAAACGCAAUCGACUGAUUCAUUUUACUGACACACUCUAAUGGAUACAGGUGGAAAUGACAGGAAUAUGAAGGGCGGAAGGUGCAGAGGGCACAGAUUUCAGAUACUCCUAUGCUCCUAUGUCCUAUCCCUGAUGUCUGACGUAAAACGAAAGUUUAGGCAGCGCAUGCGUUACCGGACACCGAGCUACUCCCA